CCGUGUUUAUCUCUUUGUUCUUUUCUAUCAGUAACCGCCACGCUCAGUAAACUCCUCAAGAGUUUUAUAAUUAUAUUAUGUGUAACUUGCUUUUUUGCUCGAGAGCUGUUUGAUGGUUUGUUAAAAAGAGGGUGAGAGUUCUUCGUGUACCUGUCUGAGUCUGGUGCUUCUCUUGUCAUCUGUUGGAUUGCGAAAGCCGGUUUGGUUCUUUGGGAGGGGGGAAAUGGAGGAAAGGUAUGAGGCAUUGAAGGAGCUUGGCUCUGGGAAUUUCGGGGUGGCCAGGCUGGUCAGAGAUAAGAAGACUAAAGAGCUCGCUGCUGUCAAAUACAUUGAAAGGGGGAAAAAGAUUGAUGAGAAUGUUCAAAGGGAGAUCAUCAACCACCGAUCUCUAAGGCAUCCAAACAUUAUCAAGUUCAAAGAGAUUGUGCUGACCCCAACCCAUUUGGCUAUUAUCAUGGAGUACGCUGCAGGUGGUGAACUCUUUGAGAGGAUUUGCAGUGCUGGUAGAUUCAGUGAAGAUGAGGCAAGAUUUUUCUUCCAGCAGCUAAUUUCUGGAGUUAGCUACUGUCAUUCAAUGGAGAUUUGUCAUAGAGAUCUGAAAUUAGAGAACACUCUCUUGGAUGGAAGUCCGAAUCCUCGGGUUAAAAUAUGUGACUUUGGUUACUCCAAGUCUGCUUUACUUCAUUCUCAACCUAAAUCAACCGUUGGAACUCCGGCUUACAUUGCUCCAGAGGUUUUGUCCCGAAAGGAGUAUGAUGGAAAGAUUGCAGACGUAUGGUCCUGUGGUGUGACUUUGUAUGUCAUGUUAGUUGGAGCAUACCCGUUUGAAGAUCCUGAUGAUCCUAGGAAUUUCCGAAAGACGAUUGGGAGAAUCUUGAGCGCUCAGUACAGCAUCCCUGACUAUGUGCGUGUCUCUGCGGACUGCAGGCAUCUUCUUUCUUGCAUAUUUGUUGCCAAUCCUGCCAAGAGGAUAAGCAUACCAGAGAUAAAACAACACCCAUGGUUUCUGAAGAACUUGGCGAAGGAGAUGGGGAAAGGGAAGGACGAAGCAGAGAAAGAGGAAGGAAGGCAGAGUGUGGAAGAGAUAAUGAGGAUCAUACAGGAGGCAAGAACUACAGCGGGGCAAGGAUCCAACGGUGGAGGCGUAGUUGGUGGAGGGUCAUUGGACGGUGGGGAUCUUCAGGCAGAUGAGGAAUCUGAAGUUGAUGUUAGUGGUGACUAUACUGAGAACUAGAUUGCUUAUCUAUAUCUGGUCUCAGCAUUCUCUAUUUCUCAGAAAGAUCAAGUGGGGAAAAGGGGAAUUAAAAACAAAAACAAAAGAAAGGAAAAAGUGGCUAGCUUUGAAUUGGAGUUUGUAUUUAUUUAUUGGAGUACCUGAUUGUUGUGUAAUUUUUAGCAAAGCCCAAGGGCAGAAUUAUAUUUUUAACUGAAUUAUUUGUAUACAAAGUGUAUGAAGAAAAAUAUGUUUUCUAGUUUCUUUCAUAUAGUAUACAUAAUAAAUUAUACGUAUUUUAUCAAA